AAUGAAAUAGGAAGAUAUAUUUGUGUUAAAAUUGCCUUAACGAGUAAGACACCGUGUCCGAGUCGGUGUAAUAACAAAACAUAAAAACGCGAGCAAAUAGCACUAGUGUAUGCGGUGUGCUCUCAAAAUCAAAUUCAAUCGAAGAAAGAAUAACGAUUUCUCAACUCAACUCAACUCAACCCGGGUCGACUCAGUUGUGACUUGAAUCUCUUGAAUGGCGAAACUUGAAGCGAAGCUAGGAAUGAUCGUUGACAAGGUUGGCCAAUUCUUCUCCGGCAAAGACCUUCUUCCCUCCUGUGAUUCCGAUAUCAUCGCUGGAUGUGAAAGAGAAGUUGCUGAGGCUGAGAAACAAUCCUCCUCUGAUGACUCUAUGCAAGAAUCUCUCUUGCGUUUAUCAUGGGCUCUUGUCCACUCAAAGCAACCACAAGAUGUGCAACGUGGGAUAGCAAUGCUUCAAUCAUCUUUACCUAGCACAAUCGACCCACUGCAGCAAAGGGAGAAGCUUUAUCUUCUCGCUGUUGGAUAUUAUAGAAGUGGUGACUAUUCAAGGAGUAGGGAUCUUGUGGAGAAAUGUCUAGAGAUUGCACCUGACUGGAGGCAGGCAACGACACUUAAGACAGCGAUUGAGGAACGAAUCACAAAAGAUGGUGUCAUUGGCCUGGGCAUUGCAGCAACUGCUGUUGGACUGAUUGCAGGUGGAAUUGCGGCAGCCGUGUCUCGUAAAAAGUGACAGAAUUCUGUCUAUUAAACAUAUGAUAACAGCUGAUUAUGUAAGAGGCAAAUUUGUAUGAUACAUACUGUGAAUUUGCUGCAUCUCCCUGCUUUUAAAGGAGAGACCGAACUAUGAUGUGUACAAAUUGUGGGAGAUGAUAUCCAAGUACUAGAUAAGAGAUAUGUUGUGUGUUUUCAAUGUUUUAAAAAAUUCUACAUUUGUCUGUUUUGGUUCUCUCCAUAAAAUUGUCUCCAUUUUUCAUAUAAUGCAAUCCUGUUGUGACCAAA